GGCCGAAGAGAGCCCUUCUUUCAAAUUCAUCAAUAGAUCUUCGUCUUCUUCAUCCUCUCUCUAUCUGCCUGCAAAGCUUCCGAUUUCGAGGUAUCUCUCUCUCUCUUCGUCUCUCUCUCUCCCUGCGAAACAUACUUUGCUUGAACCUCAUUUCUGUUUUUGUUUCUUCCGUUCUUUUUUUUUUUUUUUUCCCCCGACGUGCUUGUUUGUUUCAAUUUUAAUCAAUUGCUUAUCUUCCGAUCCCACUCAUUUCCUGAUUCAUUUCCGAGAAGCUCCGACGCCGACUCGAGCUCCUUUGUGAUUGAUUAUUCCGACUAAUGAUCGGCUCGUCUGAUGGUUACUGUACAAGAUGGUGCUGUUUCCGAAGUUAACAAGCCCAACAAUAGUGUGCAAGAUAAAUCUACAUUGAACCAGGUCAAGUUCGCCACAGAGAAGAAUCAUGGGCCAAAUGUAGGUUUUGAAAACAGUGAAGAUAAGCCACGGGAGUUUGCAAGGGAUCUGCUUAACACACCAUAUAUUUAUAGACAAGAUGUUGUAAGGAGUAUCAAUAGUGGUAUGAUUGGAAUUGUGACUGAAGUGGCUGGUGAUUCGGAUUCAGAUAGUAGUAUCACUGAUGACGAUGACGAUGAUGAAGACAACGAUGAUGACAAUGAGGCUGAUGGAAACAAGGAAGGUGAUGAAGUUGGCAAUUGUAAUGCUAAUGGGAGUGUUGAUGGAAACAAAAGUAACAAUGGUUACAAGAAUUGUCCUCUCCCAGCCGAUCAGAUUCGAGUGGUUUGGGUUGAUGAUUCUGAGACGACUCAAAAUCUUAACGAUGUAACUGUUGUUGAUCGUGCAUUCUUGCAUGGGGAUUUUGUUGCUGCUGCUUCAGAUCCAACUGGACAAGUGGGUGUGGUUGUGGAUGUAAAUAUCUCCGUAGAUUUGGUUGCUUCUGAUGGAACUGGUAUAAAAGAUGUUUCAUCCAGAGACUUGAAACGUGUAAGAGAUUUCACUGUGGGUGAUUAUGUAGUCCUUGGUCCCUGGCUAGGUAGAAUUGAUGAUGUUCUGGAUAAUGUGACUGUGUUAUUUGAUGAUGGCUCUGUGUGUAAAGUCAUGAAGGCUGAUCCACUUCGUCUCAAACCAGUUGGCAAGAACAUCGUUGAAGAUGGGCAUUUCCCUUAUUAUCCUGGCCAGCGUGUAAAGGCAAGCUCUUCAUCUGUUUUUAAGAAUUGUAGGUGGCUAUCUGGCUUGUGGAAAGCUAGCCGGUUGGAAGGUACCAUUACUAAAGUUACAGUUGGAUCGGUAUUUAUUUACUGGAUAGCAUCUGCUGGCUUUGGACCGGACUCUUCUAAUGCCCCGGCAGAGGAGCAAAUCCCAAAGAACUUAAAACUAUUGUCGUGCUUUUCACAUGCAAAUUGGCAACUGGGUGAUUGGUGUCUUUUUCCAUCUGCAUUGUCAUCCUCUACUCCUUUGGACAAGGGUAUAGCAAAACUAGAACUCCAAGAUUCCGUUAAUGAUGAAUUAGAUUCUGCUCAACCAAGAAGUGGAUGUGAUUCAGAUGCUACAGUGGAGGAACUGAUUGAACACAGUGAAUCCAUGGAACUUGAUACUGUAGUUGCGUUGGACGGAAAUAGUGGAAAUUUCAAAAGUAACCCCUCACCUGAAUCAAGCUCUUGUGGUAGUUCAUUGUCAGUUUCAAAGGAGCCUGUCCAUGAAACCUGGCCUGUUCAUCGCAAAAAGAUCCGUAAAGUUGUGGUGAGGAGAGACAAGAAAGCUCGAAAAAAGGAGGAAAAUUUUGAAAGAGCCCUUUUGAUUGUUAAUACCAAGACUAGAGUUGAUGUGGCAUGGCAGGAUGGUAUGAUUGAACAGGGAGUGGAAUCAACGAAUUUGAUUCCAAUUGACAGUCCUGGUGAUCAUGAAUUUGUUUCUGAGCAGUAUGUGCUGGAGAAGGCUUCCGACGACAAUGAUGAUGCAUGUGGGGUUAGGCGUGUUGGGGUUGUGAAAAGUGUUAAUGCGAGGGAGCGGACAGCAUGUGUAAGGUGGUUGAGGCCAGUUGCCCGGGCGGAUGAUCCUCGGGAGUUUGAUAAAGAAGAAGUUGUAAGUGUCUAUGAGCUUGAGGGACAUCCAGAUUAUGAUUAUUGCUAUGGGGAUGUAGUUGUUCGCUUGUCCCCAGUAUCUGUUUCAUUGCAAGCGGCUUUUCCUGGGAAUGCUGCUGGGGAAUCAAAGCAGCAGACUGGUCCUGAUGAGGUUAAACAGGAUUUGAAAAAGGACACAGGAUGUCAGAAAGUAGACGACGCAUCUGGAGUUGAAGCAUACAUGGAGUUCUCAGACCUCUCUUGGGUUGGAAAUAUUACUGGUCUUAAAAAUGGUGAUAUUGAAGUUACAUGGGCUGACGGAAUGGUUUCAAAGGUCGGACCUCAAGCUGUUUAUGUUGUUGGCCGGGAUGAUGAUGAUGAUUCGGUUGCAGGCGGGAGUGAAGUGAGCGAUGAUGCUGCUAGCUGGGAAACAGUUAAUGAUGAUGAGAUGGAUGCCCUUGAGAAUGCCGAGGAGAUGAUGCAUAUCAAUGAUGCUCAGGAACCUGGAUUACAGAAGGGCAGCAGUGGUAAUCUUGAUGCAGAAGAGAGCACAGAAAUAGAGGAGAAUGAUUCUGGAAGAAAUGGAGCAUUGUCUUUUCCUCUAGCUGCGCUUGGAUUUGUUACAAAACUGGCCUCUGGAAUUUUUUCACGAGGACGGAAGCACAUAGAACCAACAUGUUUAGAUCCCAGAAAUGAAAGUGAACUUCAGCCAGAGAGUAUGACGAUGACUCCUGAAAGCAGAGCAUCCGAUGAGUCCAGCUCUCAGAAUUCUAAUUUAAUUGAUAAUUGUGAUGCUCGUAUGAAUCCUGGAGAAGGACAAGAACAUCGGCUUGUCACUGAGGCCUCAAAGUUGCUGGAUGAGUCUCUAUGCAACUUGAGUCCGAAAGAACCAGAUGCUUCUUUAUGUUCUGAGGACAGUCCUUCCAGUUUCAAGCGCUUUGAUACUGCAAAAGAUCCUUUGGACCAUUACUUCCUUGGUGCAAAUGGUCAGAAUAAUAAUGGAAGGAAAUGGCUCAAGAAGAUUCAACAAGAUUGGACCAUCCUUCAAAACAACCUGCCUGAUGGUAUCUAUGUUCGAGUUUAUGAAGAUCGUAUGGAUCUCUUGAGGGCAGUGAUAAUUGGAGCAUAUGGGACUCCCUAUCAAGAUGGACUCUUCUUCUUUGAUUUUCAUCUUCCCCCAGAGUACCCUGAUGUUCCACCGUCAGCAUACUACCAUUCUGGGGGUUGGCGAAUAAAUCCGAACUUGUAUGAAGAAGGAAAGGUGUGUCUUAGCCUUUUAAAUACAUGGACUGGCAGAGGAAAUGAAGUUUGGGACUCAUCAUCUUCUAGCAUCCUCCAAGUCCUCGUUUCCCUCCAGGGUUUGGUGCUAAAUUCUAAGCCAUAUUUUAAUGAAGCUGGAUAUGAUAAGCAAAUUGGGACAGCUGAAGGAGAGAAAAAUUCUCUGUCCUACAAUGAGAACACCUUCUUGCUAAAUUGCAAGACAAUGAUGUAUCUUAUGCGGAAAAAGCCCAAGGACUUUGAAGAGCUCGUCAAAGAACAUUUCAGGAGGCGUGGAUAUUACAUUCUUAAGGCUUGUGAUGCAUAUAUGAAAGGUUACUUAAUCGGUUCUCUGACAAAGGAUGCUUCUACAAGCGAUAAGAGCAACUCAAAUGCAACUUCAGUUGGUUUCAAGCUGAUGUUGGCUAAGAUUGUGCCAAAACUUUUUGCAGCACUGAAUGAAGUCGGUGCUGAUUGUGAUGAAUUUAAGCAUCUGCAGGAGUCAUAGUAAAAGUUGAGGAGGAUCAAACUUCAACCCAUCUGUCAGGCCAGCCAAAGAGGUUAGUCUGUGAUCCAUUGUUGCUCUGUAAAAAUUUUAGAUGCCCUCCAGUGUAAAGGCAUGCUUAAAGAAUGCCAUAAUAUAAUUUGUGAUUAUAGAGUUCAAUUAUUUUUUGGUAAGUGUAGACAUUCUUCUGUUAUGUUCAAACACUUACCCAAAUCAUACUUCUAUC